AUGCUUAUCGUUACUAUCUCUUACAAUACACAAAAUAGUUUGACAAGUAGAGAGAAUGAGAUUCGAUUGGGCUCAUGUGGAAAUCCAUCGGGAGAGUCGUUGUGGUUGGCUGCCGUUUAUAAAAAAGACGGAUACGAUCAAGUGAAUGCUGAGAGGGAGAGAAAAAAACCAAUAAAGACUUCAAAGGCUACUGAUUUAACAAAAACGACAUUUGAAACAACGGAAAUGACUACUGAUAUGACGACAGAUUGGACGACGGAUGUAUCUUCGAAUGAAACGAACAUAACCGAAAUCACUGAACCACUAUCGAACAUUGAGACGACAUCUCCAUUAACGACUGUCGCUGUGACACCAGCACCGGACAAAACAAACGCAGUAUUCGUGUCUCAAAAGCACCUAUUAUUGACAUCUUCUUGGUUCCUUGAGUAUAGGGAUAAAGAAGCGAGCUGGUACUGGAAAUACAAUAAAACUCGAAUAGACGACUCGUUUUGUAAAAAAGACAACAAAGCUAGUUUCCGUGCACCAUCAGUCUAUAAUUAUGUAAUGGACUAUCAUAACGAUUGGAGGAAAGUUAAAGAAAUUAUAUUCCUCCGAUUCUGCGAGUUCCGGAAAGAUCCGAGGGGAUUCCUUGCAAUGGUCGUGGUUGAAAAAUCUGGAUUUCCGGUGCCGAUAAUUUGUUUUCCGAAAGCAUUGGACAAAAAUCAAAACUCUCGGAUGGAUUUUUUCAAACAGACUGGAACGGAGAUAGCGGAGAAAGUAGGCGAUACAAUAAAAUGUGAUGCUGGUGGUAUUGCGCAUUUCUAUUCACUUGGUACAGAAUGUAGUUCAAAACGAAGAGGAGCUCCAAUGGUGAUUGUAGAUUCGUUUAGAAUUCAGAGAUUGGUUGGAGUGGUUGCCAAAGAAAACAAAGAAGAGCACCCGUAUUAUCAUAUUGUUCAAGAAUACAUGAAUGAAAUGUGUACUUUGAUGGGACUAUGUAGAAGAGAAACUGAACAAAUUGUUCAUGUGCCUGGAGAAAAUGAUGAAAACAUCAGAAAUAUAAUAGAUGACGAUUACGCGGAACAAGUCGAGGAGCCACUACCACUUGAAUAUAAUGGACAGGCAGAACAAAAUAUGGUUCUUGGAAUUUUCAGUUUCAUCUUUAUGUUUUCAGAUCUGGAAGUUCCGAAAGAAAUCGUGAACCAUAUCGAAAUUUUUCGGGGAGACUGUGAAAAUGGAUGGCAAUGUGAGCCACCACUAAGAGCUCAAAAGGCUGUCAUUCUUAAUUUUUGUGAUCAAGACGACCAAUUCGAUCGAAUGUUUCGAAUAAUGCUCAUUGAAGUCAAAGAGUUCGAAACUUCAAGCUUCGCAUGUAUUUCAAAUGAUACAACAAAACUCCAAAUGAAGGAAUUAGUAAAUACUUAUGGAUUUGAUGAUGAACGACUUGUAUACAGGCUACUUGAGGUUACGAACAUUGGAAAAGGUUACAUCUUGACAUCAAAAUACUACGUGUAUGGAGAUCGAGGAGGACCAAUGGUAGUAGACAGAAAUGAAAGAGGAACCAUUGUUGGAAUCGGAGCAUCUACUGGAUGGUCUGACAAUAGUGGGAAUACUUGGUUUUUUGAACUGAGCCACCAUUUUGAAAAUAUUUGUAAUGUUACUGGUAUUUGUGAAGGAAAUCCAGUCAAUACUACAAUGGAUCCAGCCAAUAUUAAAACAACUGAAAUGGAAUCUACAGUAUAUUUUAAACGAAAAUAA